GGUGUAUAAAAUCAUAAGGGGCAUAGAUAGGGUGAAUGUACACAGUCUUUUUCCAUGGGUUUGGGAAUCAAGAAUUGGAGUGGCAUAGGUUUAGGUGCAAGGGAAAAGAUUUAAUAGGAACCUGAGAUGACUUUUUCGAGACAGAGUAUGUACAUGGAAUAUAUGGAAUGGGUUGCCAGAGGAAGUAGUUAAGGCAGGUAAAAUAAUAUUAAAAAUAUAUAUAGGUACAGGUACAUGAAUAGGAAAGAUUUAAAUGAAUAUGUGCCAAACGUAGGCAGAUGGGACUAGUGUAGAUGGCCAUCUUGGUUGGCCUGUUUCUGGUUUGUAUGAGUCUGGCCACCUGAACCUACUGUGCCAUUCAGUAAGAUGGUAGUUAAUCUUUGAUUUCUGCCAGCAUUGUUUAAACAACAUCUUGAAUAUAUUCAAUGACUGUCCAUUCAGAGAAUUAGAAGAAAAACUGGAUCAUAAUUCAAAAAAAUUCACAACCCUCAAGUGAAAAUGACUUUCCAUAUCUUUGUCAUAAUUGUAUAAUCCCUUGUGGUUAUGCCUCCAGGUUGAGUGCCUGUAAACCUUUGUAUUUCAAUGCUCCUCUUUUCAGAAUUCCAGAAAAUAUGAUCUAUUCAUAUUCAAUUACUCCUAUUUGCACAACCCUUAUUCUGCAUUCUAGUAGAUACUGGAUUCUAUUAUUGCCCAAUGUAUGAUAAAUUAUUCCUAGGAUGUGUAGACCAAAAUGUACAUGAUACUCUAGAUGUCAUCUCAAAACCUUUGCGCCUUACUAUAAUACUGCAAUUCCAUUGAAGUAAACUUUCAUUUCUGUUCCUAAUUCUUUGGUAUAACAUGUUAGCCUCAGUGUUUCAUAUGUAAGAACAUUCAAUGGCUCUGAAUGCAAGCCAAAUAAUUUUCUUCUCCACCGAAGUGAAUAACCUCAUAGUUUCCUUAAAUACCAUCUGCAACUUAACCCUUUGUAAUGAUGUCUAUUUAUUUUCAGACUUUGUUUUUCUGCACAUGGCGCCUUGCAACAUUCCAGUAAUAGCAGCCAACCUGCAAGUGAACCAGUAAAUCCCAUUAUUCUGUCCUUUAACCAAUAAUCUAAACAUGCUAAUAAUAUAUUAGCACCAUACUUGUGCUCUUGAGUGCAACAACCUUGCAUUUGACAACUGCUCACAAAAAUAGUGAAUAAAACUGACAGCUGCCUAAUCUGAUUUUUUAAGUUGAUAGAACAUUGCAACUCAGUGAUGUUAAAGGAUAUGUCAUUAGGGUAACAGAUUAGCCAAGAUCUUAGCUGGGUCAAAGUCAGCUCCAGGAAUCCAGUUUUUAUCCGAAUCUCGGAUGUUACACAUGUGGAGCUCCCAUGUUCUGACUGUGUAUUUCUGCUUGUUGCAUUGGUUUUCAUCCUAUUUGCUGUAAAUUACUUUCUCGUCGAAGUAAGUGGCAAAAAGAGUUAAAGGGGAGUUGAUAAGCGUGUGAGAAAGAAUAAUUUUCAGGGAUGAAUGGAAAUAAGUGGAAAUGUCUGACAAGAUUGCUCUGCAGGGGCCGGCGUGGAUCUGAUGAGAUAAAAAGCACCUUCUGUUCCUUACUAUUGCAGACUACCAAAGAUUGGCAAUAAUAUGUGUACCAUAAGUGUACAUGCAGGGAGCCAGAGGCAAAUUAGGAAGAUUGUGAUCCUUUUUCAGGUACUAUUAUUAGGAUGGCUGCGCCUUUGUUGACGCACUGUCUGACAAAAACUGGAAAUAGCAGGUUUGUGGAAGCUCUCACCAGAUGGGUCUUUUCGUUAGAAGAAUCAACCUAAGUCUAGUCCCAGCGUCAUUUUCUCUCUAUACAGGUGAGCACUGAGUGUUCAUUAAAGCUUUAGCCGUGAUUCUUCCUAUUUUGAACUUGUGAAGCUGGUUGCAGAGGCUCUUAAAAGCCACCGGAGCUAAAUGACUUCUCUGUUCAAGCCUACUAAGAAAUGGAGGGAGUCUGAGGAAGAUCCCUUGAUCGGACCUGUGAUAGGUAAACUGAAUGUUCAGAGAAGAAAUGCUGGAGCUAAUUUAAUUAAUGUGAAGUACACAAAGAAAGAUCGAGAGAGCCUGGCAUCACAUGAGAGCCUGGAUUAUUUGCCAUCUCACAGUGAAGUUUAUACAAAAUGGCUGAGAGAAAUGCCUUGCAGGUCAGACUGGGACCAAUGGUUUAUGAUGGGCUUGAUUGGAAUAGCAGUUGGAAUCCUGGGUUUUUUUGUAAACCAGGCCAUUGACACAAUUAUUACAUUGAAAUGGAUGCUUGUUCUACAUUACAUCCAGAACAGUCAAUAUUUCCUUACUUGGAUCUAUGUAGUUGGAAUUGGAGUGAUAAUGGUCGCAUUAUCAUCUGGCGUGGUGCUGUUUCUCUGUCCAUUAGGAAUGCCAAGUGGCUUGCCAGAAGUGAUUGGUUUUCUGAAUGGUGCCUCAGUUGAAUAUAUCUUUCACAUUAGAACGUUGAUUGGGACCUUGGUGUCUUGUGUGUUAGCUGUAGCCUCAGGACUCUUCUGUGGGCCAGAAGGACCAAUGAUUCAUAUGGGUUCAAUUUUAGGAAGUGGUUUGAGUCAGUUUAAAUCUGACACAUUUGGAGUCCAAUUUCCUUUCUUUACAAGAUUUCGGAACUGUGCUAACAGGAGAAACUUCAUUACUGCAGGGGCAGGAGCAGCGAUUGCUUCAGUGUUUCGAGCUCCUGUGGGUGGGCUGUUGUUCACUUUUGAAGAGGUGGCUUCGUUCUGGGAUAUCAAACUAGCCUGGCAGACCUUUUUCUGUUGUUUGAUGGCUACAUUCACUACUGAUCUCCUCUCCUCCUCUUUCCAUGGAUUUAUAUAUCAGGGCCAUUUUGGAUUCUUCAAGGCUGAGGAAAGCAUCUUAUUUGGGGUGAAAUAUUUGCUUGACAUGAAUAUUAUGGUCUUCAUUCCAUCCAUUAUACUGGGAAUAAUAGGUGGUUUGCUGGGAGCAUUGUUUAUCUCAAUGAACAUGAGAGUCAACAAAUUUCGGAUCAAAUUAUUUAAUUUAAUUAAGCACCCAUUAAUACAAAAGUUAAGCAAGCUCUUGGAGGCAAUCCUGAUUUUGGUAGUCACAAUUACAGCCACGGUCUACGUGCCUUCCUUCUUCCCGUGCACCCCGCUCUCCCCUGACUCGCACAACAAACUGGAAAACAGGUCUCUUUACCACAACAGCUCCACAAAGGCCACUCACCCUCUGAGUAAGACAGAACAGUUCUACCUCUAUAACUGCCCACAAGGAACAACGUGGAUGGGACCUGAUGGCAUAGAACAUUCAAACAAUAGUCACAAUGAAGCUGCGACACUCUUGGUUGAAAAUGGGAAGAAUGGAAUUGUGUAUCUCUUCAGAAGAGGAACACACAAAGAAUUUGGAUUUGCUGCUCUUCUUACAACUUUCGUUAUUUACUAUUUAUUUUCAUGUUGGACAGCUGGUACUGCCAUGGCAUGUGGACUUGUCAUACCAAUGCUAUACACAGGAGCCUUAUGUGGCAGGAUAGUUGGUCUGAUCAUGGUGUCGAUAUUUGGUGUCCAAACUGAUGAGUAUGGAGCCUGGAUAGAUCCUGGCCUUUUUGCAGUAAUUGGAGCUGCUUCAUAUUUUUGUGGUGUUUCAAGACUAACAAUUUCCCUCACUGCUAUCAUGGUGGAGCUAACCAAUGAUGUGCAAUCCUUGUUGCCAAUAAUGGUAGCUGUCAUGGUGGCCAGGAUGAUUGGAGACUUAUUUAACCAUUCGCUGUACAGCUCUUUACUGAAGCAAAAACAUAUUCCAUUCCUGGAGCCAGAACCAUACGUCUUAUACCAGAAGAAACCGCUAAAUUUAGAGUUGUUUACGGCAAAAGAUAUCAUGGAGCCUCAAGUGAAGGUCCUCCGCCUGAAGGAAAAAGUGUCUAUUCUGGUUGAGCUACUGCUGGAGACAAGCCAUGGUGGAUUCCCGGUGAUUUAUCAACCGGUCCAAGGGCACGAGGAAGUAUUUAUAGGAAGCAUCACCAGACUGGAACUCUGCAGAAUCUUGGAAAAUGAGAAGAUUUUUGAAACACAGAACAAAGAGAGUUGCCAACAAUAUGCUCAAUUGAACUACCACGAGGUUUCUUUCAAGUUUCAAAACUUGACAAAGAUAAAUCUGCUCCUGAACAUGUAUAGAACUGACCAACAAUAUCAAGACUACUAUGUCAACUUGAAACCAUACAUUAACCAGUCAGCAAUGACUGUCCAUGCUAAUUUUUCUCUUCAACGCACUUACAACAUUUUUCGAACAUUGGGGCUUCGCCAUCUGACUGUGGUUGACCUGAGAAAUCGUGUCGUUGGCAUCAUUACACGGAAAGAUCUAAUGGCAUUCCGACUUGAGGAAAAACUGUUUGAAUCUAAGAAUUUGGAAACAGAUAUUCAUAAACGAUAAAGCUUCCUGAUUCAUUAAUCUGUCCUUGUUAAAAUCAAAUCUCGGAGAUAAAAGUAGAAAUGAUUUCUGAUAGAUACUUGAACAUCAUCACACGCUCCAAUAUUUUGCUUUGUAAUACCCUUUAUUGAUAGGUUCCUCCACUCAGCCUGCUACUUCUUUUUUUGAAUAAGUAUUUGUUCCAUUUGGGGAGAUUAUCUUUUGAAGAUGUUCCAUAGCAUAGAAUAUAUCCUUACCAGCCUUUAAAAAAUUGCUAUUGAUUUUUUGUUUGUGUGUCAUUGACAAAGGAUAAUAAGUAAAAGCCUCUCCCAAAAUACAGUUGUUCAUAUCUUUCUAUCACAAUUGUAGUAGGUUACCACAUUUGUGGAUGUAUUAAACAGUGAUCUUAAGUAAAUUAACAAUAAACAUUAAUGUUUAAAAUUGUAUCGCCUUCACGAUGUAUUCCAUUUGCUUUUUUACCCUAAUUCUUUUUUAUUGUAUAUUUAUCUGAGAUAAUUAGUUAACAGACCUUCUGAGAACAAAAUAAUAUCGGGAGAAAUUUCGGCUUGGGUUUCAAUAAAGGAAUAUUUAAAACA